AUGCUAAGCUGCUACUUUGUUCACGGCACGCCGAAAUCUCACAAGCCCAUGUCAACCUGGACGCGCGUGGGUAAGGCGCGGCAUUUGUUCAUGAAAGUGCCGACCCAGUGCGUGGUGUUUGGGAGUCCAUUUCCCGUGAGUUGCUACGUGUUCGCCCACUUACUGGACGCUCCGUUCACGUACGACGUACUGGAGAGCCACUUUUUCUCGCAGGGGGGCGUGUUGGAUAUUCAACUGGAUGCGUUCAUUUCGUACGCAGUCGUGCAGAUGAGGAACGUGUGGAUCUACGCGCUGGUGUGGCAUAUGAUCGUGAGCGUCACGACUUCUCGUUGGCUAGCGCGCAACAACCAGCUAACCAGCGGCAUCAUCGGCGUCCCCGAGUUCCUACUGAGUGCCUUCUCCAGCAUCACGCUGGUCGCUCAGUAUCGGUCGACAUCAUUCCGCUCGUCGAAGAUUUUGAGUAUGGUGGUCAUGCCCGACAACUUAGCGAAGACGUGGGUAGCGACCAAGUACCAGUACAGCUUCUCGCACCGAGGCAGCGGCAGUGUGCUGCUCGGAGGGGUUAUAAUCGACCUCAAGUUUCUCAUCUGCCUGGUGUUCGUCAUCGCUGGCGCGUGGGCCACGCGUGUGAUCUGGAUCAACUACAUCAUUGGAGGGGACAAGUACCGCUUCUCUCACUGGUUCAUCCUCGCCCCCACCCCGGUGCCGUACUCGGCUGGAGUCUUGUGGCCCACUGUGAGCAUGUGUGUGCAUUGGACGAGUGAUUUCUUCUGCAUCCGAGACGAGCAGAAGCAGCGCAAACUGCUGCAACAGCAGCAGCUACAGUGGCAGCAACGUCAGUCGAGUAAAUUGCGGGGGCAAAGGUCAAGGAUCGGCAAAGGCCUAGUCGUUCCGUUGACCGCCAGCUUCCAUGCAAAGCAGCUAGCAGUCGCCGAGCUGCGACUACAGAUCCACAGGUACAAGUACAGCACUCCGUCCGCGCUGAUGAACGUCAACACGUUCCGGUAUAUCCAGCACCAGAUGAAGUGUCUGCACGGGCGCUCGGACGACGUGGAAGCUAACGUGGCCUUCAUGAACGCGGUGCUCAUGAGUGACCCCAUCGUGUAUUUGCGCACGCUGCUCGGAAGAGACAAAUCAACUGAGUUGGCCUAUUAUCAGUCUCUGUUGCGGCCGCACCAGGUCGUGCUCCUGCCGGUGGUGGUGGUUGGAGAGCACAAUGAGUACACGGGCAGACUGAAACUGCUUCGACGCGUGAAUGCCUCGGAGCUCACUUGGCCGGAGCUUGUGCAGUGCGGAUGA